GCCCUCCCCCCCGCCCCGCCUCCGGGGCACCAGCUUCGGCUCCAUUGUUCCCGCCCGGGCUGGAGGCGCCCGGCUCCGAGUGCCGCCGGGAGUCGUGCCUCGGCCGCGGAGCUCUCGAGACCCCACCAGGAUCUGAACGGAGCUCGGGGACCAGCGGCCGGAGCGCAAGACACAGACACCCGCCGCGCCACGGCGAGCUCUCCAGAGGCGGGACCGCAGCGCCAAGUGAGACUCAGCUUUCGAAGGCAGAUCUCACUUGCGGUGGAGUAUCCAUGGAGGUGCAGAGCCUUGUUACCAACCUCUAACUGCAGAACUGGGAUGUGGGGCUGGAGGUGCCUCCUCUUCUGGGCUGUGCUGGUCACAGCCUCUCUCUGCACUGCCAGGCCAGCCCCAACCUUGCCCGAACAAGCUCAGCCCUGGGGAGUCCCUGUGGAAGUGGAGUCUCUCCUGGUCCACCCUGGCGACCUGCUACAGCUUCGCUGUCGGCUUCGCGAUGAUGUGCAGAGCAUCAACUGGCUGCGGGAUGGGGUGCAGCUGGUGGAGAGCAACCGUACCCGCAUCACAGGGGAGGAGGUGGAGGUGCGGGAUUCCAUCCCCGCUGACUCUGGCCUCUACGCUUGUGUGACCAGCAGCCCCUCUGGCAGCGAUACCACCUACUUCUCCGUCAAUGUCUCAGAUGCACUUCCAUCCUCAGAGGAUGAUGACGAUGAUGAUGACUCCUCCUCAGAGGAGAAAGAGACAGACAACACCAAACCAAACCGUAGGCCUGUAGCUCCGUACUGGACAUCCCCAGAAAAAAUGGAGAAGAAACUGCACGCAGUGCCAGCCGCAAAGACUGUGAAGUUCAAGUGCCCGUCCAGUGGGACACCCAAUCCGACUUUGCGCUGGUUGAAAAAUGGCAAAGAAUUUAAACCUGACCACCGGAUUGGAGGCUAUAAGGUUCGUUAUGCCACCUGGAGCAUCAUAAUGGACUCUGUGGUGCCUUCUGACAAGGGCAACUACACCUGCAUCGUGGAGAAUGAGUAUGGGAGCAUUAACCACACCUACCAGCUUGACGUCGUGGAACGAUCCCCUCACCGGCCCAUCCUGCAGGCAGGGCUGCCUGCCAACAAGACAGUGGCCCUGGGCAGCAACGUGGAGUUCAUGUGUAAGGUGUACAGUGAUCCACAGCCUCACAUCCAGUGGCUGAAGCACAUCGAGGUGAACGGGAGUAAGAUCGGUCCAGACAACUUGCCGUAUGUCCAGGUCCUGAAGACUGCUGGCGUUAAUACCACCGACAAGGAAAUGGAGGUGCUUCAUCUACGGAAUGUCUCCUUUGAGGAUGCGGGGGAGUAUACGUGCUUGGCGGGUAACUCUAUCGGACUCUCCCAUCACUCUGCAUGGUUGACCGUUCUGGAAGCCCUGGAAGAGAGACCAGCCGUGAUGACCUCACCUCUCUACCUGGAGAUUAUUAUCUACUGCACCGGGGCCUUCCUGAUCUCCUGUAUGGUGGGCUCUGUCAUCAUCUACAAGAUGAAGAGCGGCACCAAGAAGAGCGACUUCCAUAGCCAGAUGGCUGUGCACAAGCUGGCCAAGAGCAUCCCUCUGCGCAGACAGGUAACAGUGUCAGCUGACUCCAGUGCAUCCAUGAACUCGGGGGUUCUCCUGGUUCGGCCUUCACGACUCUCCUCCAGCGGGACCCCUAUGCUAGCUGGAGUCUCCGAAUAUGAACUCCCCGAGGACCCCCGCUGGGAGCUGCCUCGUGACAGACUGGUCUUAGGCAAACCGCUUGGCGAGGGCUGCUUCGGGCAGGUGGUGUUGGCUGAGGCCAUCGGGCUGGAUAAGGACAAACCCAACCGUGUGACCAAAGUGGCCGUGAAGAUGUUAAAGUCCGAUGCAACGGAGAAGGACCUGUCGGAUCUGAUCUCAGAGAUGGAGAUGAUGAAAAUGAUCGGGAAGCACAAGAAUAUCAUCAACCUGCUGGGGGCGUGCACCCAGGAUGGUCCUCUGUAUGUCAUCGUGGAGUAUGCCUCCAAAGGCAAUCUUCGGGAGUAUCUGCAGGCCCGGAGACCUCCUGGGCUGGAGUACUGCUACAACCCUAGCCACAACCCCGAGGAACAGCUGUCCUCCAAAGAUCUGGUGUCCUGUGCUUAUCAGGUGGCUCGGGGCAUGGAGUAUCUUGCCUCUAAGAAGUGUAUACACCGAGACCUGGCUGCUAGGAAUGUCCUGGUGACAGAGGAUAAUGUAAUGAAGAUCGCGGACUUUGGCCUAGCUCGAGACAUUCACCAUAUCGACUAUUAUAAGAAAACCACCAACGGCCGGCUGCCUGUGAAGUGGAUGGCGCCUGAGGCAUUGUUUGACCGGAUCUACACCCACCAGAGCGAUGUGUGGUCUUUUGGGGUACUCUUGUGGGAGAUCUUCACUCUGGGUGGCUCCCCAUACCCCGGUGUGCCUGUGGAAGAACUUUUCAAGCUGCUGAAGGAGGGCCAUCGAAUGGACAAGCCCAGUAACUGUACCAAUGAGCUGUACAUGAUGAUGAGGGACUGCUGGCACGCAGUGCCCUCUCAGAGACCUACUUUCAAGCAGCUGGUGGAAGACCUGGACCGCAUUGUGGCCUUGACCUCCAACCAGGAGUAUCUGGACCUGUCCAUGCCGCUGGACCAGUACUCACCCAGCUUUCCCGACACACGGAGCUCUACCUGCUCUUCAGGGGAGGACUCUGUCUUCUCUCAUGAGCCGUUACCCGAGGAGCCCUGUCUGCCCCGACACCCCACCCAGCUUGCCAAUGGUGGACUCAAACGGCGCUGACUACCAACCGUCCCCAGCCUUCCCCCAUUAUGUCAUCACCUGUGCCCCUCACCCACAAUUCCCUGCUGGACACACUGCCUUUCUCCUCCUCUUUUGCUGCUGGCAAGAGCCAGUGCCUGACUGAGACCUUCCGGUGUGGCCUACCCCUCCAUCCUCCCCAAGACCCUUCUUCCUCUUCUUAGCCUGCUGUGUGAGAGAGGAGCCAAGGGGCAGGUACUUGCUGCCUCCUUCCCAGGUGUUGGACCAAGACCCACCCUGCUGCCUGGCACUGCUUGGAUAUCUGCGGAGUAGAAGCAAGUGGAACAGUCAUCAUGCAAGCAAGCGAGAGCUUCCUGAGUGUUCUUGUUGACCCAUCAGCCCCUUGUGUUCUGGUGGCAGAGGCCUUGGGGCUCCUGAAGCAGUGAGGUUUCUGUUUAGGCCUUAACUGAAGGCAACCUCUGCUCCAGAUGGAUGGUACCAGUAGCUUCUUAAUUCCAAUACUAAUUUGCUUUGCUGACCAAAUACCUGGUACCAGAAGACAGGGAGGGAGAGAUUGGGAGCAAUGAUGUGCCCUUGGGCUGAGCCCUAGACUUGGGGCUCUGUACAUAGCUAUGAAGAAAACACAAAGUGUAUAAAUCUGAGUAUAUAUUUACAUGUCUUUUUAAAAGGGUCAUUACUAGAGAUUUACCCAUCGGGUGAGAUGCUCCUGGUGGCCGGGAGGCAUCAGUUGCUAUAUAUUAAAAAACAAACAAACAAACAAAAAAAGGAAAAUGUUUUUUAAAAGGUCAUAUAUUUUUUGCUACUUUUGCUGUUUUAUUUUUUUAAAUUAUGUUUUAAACCUAUUUUCAGUUUAGGUCCCUCAAUAAAAAUUGCUGCUGCUUCAUUUUUAUCCUGGGCGUGUGGAAAGGGGGCAGAUGUCCCCCUGCAAAAGAGGGAGACAGGGACUAGAGGGCCAUGAGCUGGUAUCUCUCCCCACCAUCCUCUUCCCACCCCCCAUCCCCACCCCAGUGACCUCUGUCUCCAGGAUUGUGCCCUCCCAGACAAGCCUUCUGUCUCUGAUGGCUUUGGGAAAGGCAGGGAAAGGAGUCUGAGGUCCUGAGGGCAGAGAGCCAAACCCACACACUUGAUUGUUUCUUCAGAGGAGAUGAGUCUAGCCAGCGGGUAGAACAGAAACUCAAACCCUAGACCCUGUGUGGAUGCCUGUAUGUAUCUGUGAGAGAAACUUUGUCACCCAAAGCUAGCUGUACAUUCAUGUCUUGUCUGUCUUCCCCAACCUAUUCCUCAUUUUCCUCUCCUGUAAAUAUUCUCUCUUUCCCAAGUCUCUGUUACCCGGAUGGAUCUGUUCCUGAUCUUGGCUUCCUAUAGUUUUUUUUUCUUUACAAACUCCAUCCAUCCAUCCCUCAGAAAAGGGAAAACAAUCUCUUGGUUUGGGUCAGCUUAGCAACUCACUUCUGCCACCUGCUGGUUGUUAGUGGUACCUUGGUAUUUCAUUCAAACCUGCCCACUCUAGCCUUCUAGGGUGUUUUUGUUUUUUGUUUGUUUUUAUGGUUCUCUGCUGAAUACAAAACGGUUCAAUAUGAUUUCAUCUGUAGAAGUUAGGGCUGCUUCUUUAAACACAGCUUUGGUAGCUGUGGUUUUGGUCAUCGUCAUAGCGUUCUUGUCGUUGUUUUCUCUGGGUACACAUGUAACUGUCAAAAUAUUACGAGUGAUUUUUAUGCUGAAAGAAGGCAUCAUUUGGCAGAAAGGGCCAGGGAAUGAAUUUUAGCACAAAUUCAUUUUCUUGGAGACCGUAUCAAAGUGUUUUUUUUUUUCCUUGUUAAAAUAGUGAACGUCAUUUCUGCCUCAGGUCUACUUGACUCACUGUCAUGUGAAUGGAAGGGGAGAACACAGAAAGGGCUUUGUGUGACUCGAGAGGUGCUAGGAACUGGAAGAAACUGAAGUCUCUGUGGCUACUAUUCAAAUUGCCCACAGAGAUCCCCAGGGACAGGGAUGGCUAUCAAAUAAAAGGUAGUGAAAUUGACAUGGAGGGAAAUGAAAUGGCUCUCUCACUUAGAGGACCAGCGUGGGUCUCGUGGGAAGGGGAACCCAGCUCACAGAAUGAAGAUGUGUUGUCAGGGCACAGCCUCUGUCUGCUUUCCUGGGGCUUAAAAGAUGGCCAAGGCAUCAAUCAAUACUGCUUUCCCAUCUUCUCUAAUUGCCGUAGGCUAAAGAUCAUCAGUCCCUUGACUCUGUUAAUGUAAUAUAUUGAUUUCAGGUAAGUAAGAUUGAACAUAGAUGAAGUAAGAAAUCUGACUUAAUGGUAAUGAACUCUGUUUAUCAGCUGCCACUGGGUGGAGCCAGCAAGCUAAAAUACACACACAUACACACACACACACAGUGUUAGGUAAUAAUCUCAGAGCCAGUUUUCUCUGAAGUAACAGACCUACCUGCAAGUGGGAACUUUUGGCCUGAGUAUAGCAUUGUAAAACUCUGCACAUGAACAAUAUGUCUUGUACAGAAUGAGACCUGGCGCAAGUGCAGAGCCAAUACUAUCAAGUAGCAGCAAGCAACAACUAUUAUCAUAGAAGUCGGUGUAAAAUGUGAGUGUGUCUAAUGUCACUCCAGGCGCAUGUUAGAGCUUACAGUGGUACCUGGCGAGCCUAUUGGCAGCUGGUGGCGGCUGAGGUCCGCCACAUCUGCAGGAGAGUAGAGAGCUACGAGGGAGAAGAGGGGCCUUUGAAGCAACGUGGCAUGACCUUGUAUCCCCUUAGCUAAUAGAAACCACGAAGGGAAUAGACCAGCAAGAACCUUAAAGUUGGCUGGUCCUGAUGGUGAAUGCCCUUCAUCCCAGCAUUUACUUUGUAGACCAGGCUGGACUCCAACUCAACAAAGAGCCACCAGCCUCUCCUUCCAGAGUGCUUGAAUUAAAAGUAUGUGCCACCACA